AUGAGCCGAGCUAAGAUCCUGCGAGUGUUCGUGGAGGCGAAGCGGGUGGCCGACUUCAUCGCGUCGCACCUGUGUCAGGCCGGCUUCCCGACCACCAGCAUCCACGGCGACCGGCUGCAGCGCGAGCGCGAGGAGGCGCUGGCUGACUUCACGUACGGCAAGACGUCGACGCUGAUCGCCACGUCGGUGGCCUCGCGCGGCCUCGACAUCAAGGGCGUGGCCAGCGUGGUCAAUUACGACCUGCCGAAGGCCAUCGACGACUGCGUGCACCGGAUCGGCCGCACGGGCCGCGUGGGCAACACCGGCAGCGCCAUCGGCUUCUACGACAGCGCGCUGGCCGCCGACCUGGUGAAGAUUCUGGCCGGCGCCGAGCAGGAGGUGCCCGACUUCCUGCAGCGCGACGCCGGCAGCGCCGACUUCGGCGGCGCUGCCGGCGGCUCGUACGCGUCACGCGACAUCCGGCGCGGGGCGAGUCUGGCCGUGCGGCGGCGGCGUCGGUGGCAUGGGCGGCGCGGCGGCCGGCUACAACCAGCAGCCGGCCACCAUGGACGCGGAGGACUGGGACUAGCGCCCGGGACGGCCUGACUCGGCGCCGCCCCACCGUGCCGCGUGCCAUGCCGUGUCGUGGCAGCUGUAGAUAGUGUUUCCGUUGUGUUAGCCGGCGGGAGUGGGCGC